ACAAUGUGUCAACGGUAACAUGGUGCCAAAAGCAUCUCAGCCACUUGAAAGGAUACGACCGUCUCGCUGUACGACGACUUGUCGAUCAAUUCUCUGAAGCGGAAGAAGUCUUACUCAAUCGUGGGGUGAAGCUCGUCACUGUAUCUCAUCUCCCAGGAUCUCUCAACCAGCGUGCGGAUCAUCUGAGCAGGUGGGUUACCAAUAUUAUCAUCCCCGAACCUCUUCAACAAGGAAACAAGAAGAACCUCUUCUUUCUGGCCGAUAACCAAUCUCAGUUCCCUACAGCUGAUGUUGAGGAUCAGAGCGACGAUCUCCCCACCACCAGUCAUACCUUGGUGUUGAACGACGAGUUUCUACAGCGCUGCGCUGAUGCCUUACCUCGGGACAGCACAAAAUGGCGACACCACGAACUCCGACGUCUUCUACUCCAAUCAUCUGAGAGAACUGCUCGCGAGAAUUCGACUCUAUGGUGUUUUCUGGCUGAAGACAAUCACAUCUACUUUGUUGACGCGGACGGCAACAAGCGGCUAUAUAUACCUGAUGAGUCCGAUAAGCCAUGGGAAAAGAAACUGAGAACUGAGCUUCUCGCAAACUCCCAUUGGCACCACUCACCAACGACUUCGAUGUUGCAUCGUCUUCGACAACAGUUCUGGUGGCCUUCUAUGAAGAGAGACGCUAGGCGUUUCACAGAGCUAUGUAUAACCUGUCGGAAGGAGAGACUACGACUCGUACCACUCGGCGGACAGCGACCUAGAUCAAUAACUCGACGGUUCGAAUCUAUCACUAUCGACUUCCUAGGCCCUCUAACAGGCUUCCACAUGGCCUCUACUGGCUGGGAAGCCCCAAGCGUCCUAGUGAUAGUCGAUAACUUCAGUUCUUGGCUAGAAUUGGUGCCGGUCCCCACUCAAGACAGUAAUUCUGCUAUCACUGGUAUCCUGUCGUGGUGUCUACGCUACGGGCUCCCACGUACUAUCCAAUCCGACAGAGGCGGGAGUUUCGUAUCCGAGGUCACACGCUCUGUCUUCGAAGCCUUUGGCGUACGAAGCAUCGUCGGUGCUGGACACCAUCCACAGCCUCAAGGCAGUGCUGAACAAUGUGUCGGCGCUGUGAAAUCUGGAAUUCGCCGUCUACUAGCACAUGUGCCUGCUGCCGUUGUUCUGGAGAAUCUACAAUGGAUUGCUCGUAUCCACAACGUGUCAGCUCGGUAUGGCGAGGACGUAACGCCCGAGGAACUUGUCUAUGGUGGAAAGACCCGCGAUGCUCUAGACCUCCUCCUCAACGAUGUCACAAACGCCUCAUCUGUUAUAAGUCGCAGUGAUUACCUACACGAGUUACGUGAUAACUUGGAAUCUAUUCAUGACCAUUGGCGUCGGAUCAUCGCGGAACAACGAGUUUCCGGUCUUGCUGACAGGCUCCGCAUCGAGCCGACCGUCGAAGUGGGCGACAGAGUUUGCCGUGUGUUUGUCGAUGGAUUACACAAAAGGAAGGUCACUGGUCCUUUUACCAUUGACUCUAUCAACGAAACACAUACUAUGGCCAAGUUUACUGAUGGCGGUGAUGCUCCACUUUGGCAACUCUUCACAGUGCCAACCGCCCAUCUGUCUAACUCGUACGGUGAUUUCGCUCUUCCACAAUCCAGAGAGCUUCGACAAAUACCACUUGAAGACCUACAUACGGGAGAUCUGGUUGCUUUCAGAACAAUGGAUGGAACUGAUGACGAUACUACUUUCAUCGACUUGGCCGAAGUUCUCUAUAACAACGUCGUAGAUGAGGAAGUCGAGCUACGCCGGCUUCUGGUUGAUGAUGACGGCAGAUGGCAUAGACUGACUGCUGACCACUCAAGUGCCGACCCUUUUCCUGUCGAUUACGCGGCUAUUGUUUGUUGCGGACCUGAUGUUAAACUUAAUAAGAACGGAAGUAUGGCCAAGAGCCUCCGCACCCUCCUUCAGAAGGCCGGUGUCCCUUCUUAA